AUGCUUCCCUUUUACUAUCAUUCCAUCGAAUCGUCCGUCUCUCAAAGUACAUUGGAUUCGGACGAGUUUUCCUCGACUCUUGGACCCGUCGAUUUCCCAGUUGAUUACUAUUGUCUUUCUAUUAAUAAUGUUUUUAAAACAAAGAGAAUUUUCGACAUGGCUGCCUCAACAAUUGGUAUCAUUCUGAAUUCAAUCCAUAUCGGGAUACUUGUUUACAUCAAAUUGAUGAAAAAAGCUCGAAGUUACGAGCUGCUUCUUGGACAGGGAGUCCUUGCAUUUUUGACUCAUUUAUUCUUGCUGCUUGGAUGUCUCGUUGAUUUGUGUAUGGUUGGAGUGAGCGAGUCGGCUGCAUGGUUUCGAGCACAUAUCUGGUUGUUUUUGGUGAACACUUUCAUGGCCUCGUAUGGCUUUUUGAUCAUUGCUUUGUGUAUCGAUCGUUAUGUGGCACUGAAUCGUCCGAUCUACUAUAGACACACGUUUGUGAGAAGACGGACAAGAUGGGGGCUGAUCAUUGGAAGUUGUAUUCUCGGGAUGAUUUUUUGCCUGCGUUGGAUACCAUUCAAUCGAGUUACUGAAGACAAUGAUAUUGAGGAGAACACAACGAUCAGUCGAACUUGGUAUUAUACAACGUGGCGAAUCAUGGUUUAUCUUGAGCAGUAUGUUUUUGCUGGAAUAGCGAUGAUUGUUCUGAGCUAUUCCAAUAUUCGAAAACUUGAAGAAAUCAAGCGUUCUUAUAAAGAAGAAACAUUGGGAAUGACUGGAGAAAUUAAAGUCGAAUGGAUUCGCAAUCAUACGACAAUCUCGAAAAUUUGUGCCGUUCUCGCCAUCUCAUACGUGAUGUUCAAUUGGCCGUAUUGUAUUGUCGACUAUUUGUACACGGAUGAUAUAAGCAUUUUCGGUUGGCCGUAUCGAUCAACGAAAGAUCUCAUUUUACGAUUACGCUUUCAUCGCUCGUCAACAAUGAAAAAAAUCGUUGAUUCACGAGAAUCAACUACCACUCAAAAUACUGUCUUCACUGUUUGU